UUAAUCUUUUGCUCUAGUUGUUUUAAUCUUUGUAAUGUUUUAAUAUUUGCUCAGUUUAAUUUGAUAAACCAUGGCGAUUGUUGUUGAUCUUUUUCUUGUUUGAAAAUAAUUUAGACUCGUAUAAAACAUUAUUCUUUGCUCUGUUUGGUUUGCUAAUAAAUUGCGAUUGUUAAGGUAGUUGUGUGGUAGGUUUAGGUAAUAAAAUAUAUGGUUAAGCAUUCUUCUUUACUCUGUUUGUUUUGGUAAUAAAUAUUAUGGUUAGAGUUAAUUGAAUGGUUUGUGUGAAGAAUGGUUGUAGUGAUGAAUGCUUGUAGGUAAAUGUCCACUCGGUUGUGAUCAAUGCUAAGUGUGAUGUCAAACAUGGUUAGACUGAAUUGAAUGGUAUGUUGGAUGAAUGCUUGUAGGUUUAUGUCUAGGAGUGUAGUUACAUGUCCUCUCGAAUUGAAUGGUUUAUGUGAUGAAUGCUUCUCUUCCUUCUUCUCCUCGGUUAUAAACCGUGUUCUUUUCUGCCUUCUUCUCCUAUGUGUUCUUCUUCUUCCUUCUUCUCCACUUUCUCAUCUCUGUUAUUUCCUUCUCUUUCUUCUUCUCUCCUCUAUGGCUUACUUUCCAUCUUCUGGAACCAUUAGCUUUGGUGAACUACUUAGUUCACAAACACAAACUGUUUCGUUUGGAAACAUCCCAUCUCUAGGUAGUCUAGGAACCGAAGCUUCUCACAAACCACAACACGUUGAUGGAGACACUGCUGCUGCACGAAAAGAACGAAGGAAAUGGAGCCAAGGGGAUGACAUUGUUCUCAUCAGCGCGUGGUUGAACACGAGCAAAGAUGCUGUGGUGGCCAACGAGCAGAAAGCAGGGACCUUUUGGGACCGAGUUGCUGCAUACUAUACGGCAAGUCCUCACUCUGCUGGCUGCUUGGCGAGAAAGACGGGUGACUGCAAGCAGCGUUGGCACAAGAUCAAUGAUUUUGUGUCCAAGUUCUGUGGAUCAUACGCAGCAGCUACAAGAGAGAAAAGCUCCGGCCAGAAUGAGGUUGAUGUUCUCAAAAAAGCACAUCAAAUUUUCUUGAUCAAUCACAAGAAGAAGUUUACUCUUGAACACGCAUGGAGGGAGCUGCGGUAUGACCAGAAGUGGUGCGAGCUUAGUCACAACGAUGACAAGAAGAAGAAGAGGAAGAAUGAGGAAGAUGCGGAUUCAGUUCCCUCUGAAGCAAGUGGAAGCAAGCGUCCACCGGGUGUGAAGGCUGCAAAGGCAGCGCUCAAGAACAAGGCUGUGGUGCAUGAGAUUGUGGAUGUUGAGAAGUAUGAGAGGAUGUGGACAAUCAAAGAGAAGGAUUUGGCUGCCAAACAGAAGGAGUUAGCCGGCAAAGAACAGUUGUCUAAGAUGAAUAUGCUUGAGAAUCUCCUUGCAAGAAAAGAGCCCUUAGCUGAUUACGAAGAAGUCCUCAAGAAGAAGCUUAUCAGUCAAUUGUUCUCUAGUUAGUUUCUUUUUAUCAAUCAAGUGUUUCGGUUUAACUUUGCAGUUAUGUUUCUGUUUCUGUUGUUGUGUUAUUUGUCUAUGUGUUUCUGUUUAUCAAUGAAGGCCCUUGUGUCUUUGUGUUUCACGUUUAUCAAUCAAGUGUUGUUGUUCUUGGUUAUGUGUCUUUGUGUUUCUGUUUCUGUUGUUGUGUUAUUUGUCUAUGUGUUACUGUUGUUGUGUUAUGUGUCUUUGUGUUUCACGUUUUGUCUUUGUGUUUGUGGUUAUAAAACGUUUUGUCUUUGUGUUUGUA